UAGCUGUGAAAAUGUAUUGAAUAUUGUGAUAUGCAUGGCUCUUCUCUUCACCUUUAACGCAAGUUUUUAGAAAACAAUUGCAAAAGACUGCAGGCUACAAACAGCAAUGUCCCGAAACCGCCGGGGGGGCGAUAUUUACCGUAAGGCAACGUAAGGCGUCGGGUUGCCCCACAAUGAACUUUGGUUGCACUAAUCCGAGUUCUCAGAGCACAACGACAAGUGCGCAGUGUUGGAGAGAAACACCAGAUCUGCGGCUCCACGCGAGUCCUUUGUGUGCUUAUUGUGGGUUUAAAAAAAAUCAAACGUUUUAAAGCAGACAUUUUUUGGAGAGCCGGGGACCUCGUUCGUCUUCCUCUCCCUGAGGGGUAACAACCUGAAGUCAACACCCUCCUGUCCACCACGCCGCCUUCAAAAUGUCACGUUUUGUCCUCUUUCCAGAGCUUUGGUCGAAUAACUGUCGCGGCGCGCUUCCUCGUCAGCACGUGUUUGUCCGUUGAAGUUCACUCUUUUCGUUAUCAGCUUUACCUGAAAACACGGUUGUUUGACUAGAAGCGAACAUUUUGACCACUCGUCAUUAUUUUUGUUUAGUUUGUUUUUUUUCUUCUUCGUGGAUUUGGAGCGUAGCAUAAACCUAAAUCGCGUCCACGUGGCCCCUCCCCUUUCUGCUGCGCACCGCAACACCAGCGAGCCGCGAGUCAGUCUGACACCGCGCGCGGAGGAGGACAGAAGGUCUCCAGAGGAUAGGCGAGAAUAAGAGGAUAAACUCACAUUUCCCUGGAUUGUGCACGCAAGGAGCGAAGGGAUUGGACUGGUGAUCUCGCCUCUUUUAGGAUUUUCUCCUCGCGUUUGUGAGUAAAGAGACUGUAAAAGAAACAGGUUUUCUUCCCUGUAAAGUAGAGCAGAGCACUUUCCCUUUUUAUGUAGCCUGCCAGUGUGCCAUGAAAGCUGUAAAGUGCAAAUAGUCAAAGUCCAUUCAGGCUUUAGGAAUGCAUGGCGCUGUGUUGUGAAUGGCUUGAAUAGUUAAUGUAAGACUUAAUAACAAUGGUUGAACAGGUGGGGUUUGUAGCAGCAUGGAAAGCCCAGUUCCCCGAGUCUAACCCCCCCUGCAUGGAGCUGAACUCACUGGGGAACAUUGAACAGGAGCUGGACAAAUGCAAGUCUUCCAUCAGGCACUUGGAGAAGGAAGUAAACAAGGAGCGCUUUCGGAUGAUCUACCUGCAGACUCUGCUCGCCAAAGAGAGGAAGUCCUACGACGGGCAGCGGUGGGGAUUCAAAAGCACUUCCCGAAUUAAUGAUGGAGACCCGCCCGGUGGGCCGGAGAGCCAGAGGCCCCACUCAGAAGAGGCUCAGGUGGAGGAGGAGGAGCAGCAGCAGAGAGGGCCUUGCAAGACAUCCCGGUGUAAGCCACAUCCAGAAGGAGAUGUGGGCCGGGUGUCGCCGGUGCACCAGGACCCGGAGAUCCCGGAGUUCCAGCUGGGCACCGGCUCCGUGGCAGCUCUGAGGUCCAACUUCGAGCGCAUCAGGCGGGCCAACUCCCACGCGGCCGGGGACGGCCGAGGGUCGUCGGUCACGGGCGCCCAGGAGAAGCCUUUCUACGUGAACGUGGAGUACCAUUCGGAGCAAGGCUUGGUGAAGGUCAACGACAGGGAGGUUUCGGAGAAGAUCCGCACCCUGGGCGGUCAGGCCAUGCAGAUGGAGCGCAAGAGGUCCCUGCACUCCCUGCCGGUGAACCUGUCGGCCGCCACGGGGGACAUCGGCAGAGGCCUCCAGAGGGGCGGGUCCACCGGGGGGAACUGCGGCCACAACGGGUCGUACGACGACAUCGCCGAGGUCAACCCGAACGUCCUGAAGGACGGCGUGAGCCGGCCCGCCGGGGGGAAGCGUGAGCCGCAGCCAGCGGAGUGCCGGCCCUACACCAGCGUGUACGUAGGGGGCAUGAUGGCUGAGGGGGACACCCGAGUCAUCCACAUCCGGGACCACGGCACGGAGGACGACGCGCACCUGACCUGGCCGAGGCGCUCCUACUCCAACGGCAGCUUUGAGGACGCGGGAGGAGGCUACACGCCUGACUGCAGCUCCAACGAGAACCUAACUUCCAGCGAGGAAGACUUCUCCUCAGGCCCGUCCAGCCAGGUGUCGCCCAGCCCCACCGCCGCCUCCCAGGCGUACAGCGAGAAGAGCCGCUCGCCCUCCCAGCAGUCUUUUGGCAGCAGCAGCCCGCCCCUGUCCCAGAAACGGCUGAAGCAGCAGGGGACGGCGUCCGAGGCCACCGUCGCAGGAGUCUGUAGAACGCGGCAGACGCGGCCCAGCGACGGGGAGUCCACCACGUCCAGCAGGACCUCUCGGGACAACAGCGUUCAAGGAGAUCUGGAGGCUUCAUACAGUGAGACCCCUGCGUCAUAUGGCUAUGAGCUGGAGCGCUCGGAGGAGCUCCAGACUCACCGCCACCCGCCGUCCCUCAGCGGGUCCCCGUCCUCCUCGCCGCGACUCCGCUCCAAGAGCCAGAGCAGCCGGGACACGCAGUCGUCCGGCUCUCUGGAGUCCACGCAAUCGGUGGAGUUGGAUCAGGACAAGGGGAUGGAGAUGAGAAAGUUGGUCCUGUCAGGAAUCCUGGCCAGUGAGGAGAUCUAUCUCAGCCACCUGGAGGCCCUGCUCAUUCCCAUGAAACCCCUGAGGGCUGCAGCCACAACGUCGCAGCCCAUGCUCAGCAUCCAGCAGAUAGACACCAUCUUCUUCAAAGUGCCGGAGCUCCACGAGAUCCACAAGGACUUCUACGAUGCUCUGCUGCCCCGAGUCAAGGACUGGGGUCCCCAGCAGUGUGUGGGCGACCUCUUCCAGAAGCUGGCGAGCCAGCUUGGCGUGUACAGGGCCUUUGUGGAUAACUACAAGGUUGCUGUGGGGACGGCGGACAAAUGCUGCCAGGCGAACGCUGGCUUUGCAGAGAUAUCUGAGGAUCUCAAGGUCAAAAGCACAAAGGACUGCAAGGACCAGUUGGCUAAAAUUUCGCUGGAAACUCUUCUCUACAAACCCGUGGACAGGGUGACGCGCAGCACCCUCGUUCUGCACGACCUCCUGAAGCACACACCCUCCAGCCACCCGGACCACCCGCUGCUGCAGGACGCCCUGCGCAUCUCUCACAACUUCCUGUCCAGUAUAAACGAAGAGAUCACCCCGCGUAGGCAGUCCAUGACCGUCAAGAAGGGAGAGAACCGCCAGCUGUUGAGGGACUGCUUCAUGGUGGAGCUCGUCGAAGGUUCCAGGAAACUCCGCCACGUCUUCCUCUUCACCGACCUGCUGCUCUGCACCAAGCUGAAGAAACAGGCUGCCGGAAAAGGGCAACAGUAUGACUGUAAGUGGUACAUCCCACUGGCUGACCUGACUUUCCAGGCCAUUGAGGACUGUGAGUCCAGCCCCAUCCCGCUGGUCCAGGAUGAGGAGAUCGACGCCAUAAAGAUCAAAAUCUCCCUGAUCAAGAACGAGAUCCAAAAAGAGAAGAGAACCACAAAAGGACCCAAGGGGGUUGAGCGACUGAGGAAGAAGCUGCUGGAACAGGAGUCUCUGCUGCUUCUCAUGUCCCCCAACAUGGCCUUCAGGGUGGCCAACCGAAACGGCAAGGGUUUCACGUUCCUGAUCUCUUCUGACUACGAACGUGCCGAGUGGAGGGAGAUCGUUCGCGAGCAGCAGAAGAAGUGCUUUAAAAGCUCCUCUCUGACUUCUCUGGAGCUGCAGAUGCUUACGAACUCGUGCGUGAAACUGCAGACGGUUCACACGGUUCCAAUGACCAUGAAUAAGGAAGAUGAUGAAUCUUCUGGUUUGUACGGCUUCCUAAAUGUCAUCGUCCACUCGGCGUCAGGGCUGAAACACAGUUUAAACCUUUACUGCUCCCUGGAGGUGGAUUCCUUCGGCUACUUUGUCAACAAAGCCAAAACACGCGUGUACAGAGACUCUACAGAGCCCAACUGGAACGAGGAGUUUGAGAUUGAACUGGAGGGCUCUCAGACGUUGAGGUUGCUCUGCUAUGAGAAGUGCUGCCACAAAACCAAGCAGAGCAAAGAAGAUGGAGAGAUUGCAGACAAGAUCAUGGCCAAAGGCCAAAUAAAGCUGGAUCCUCAGACUUUGCAAAAUAAAGACUGGCAGCGGACAGUCAUCAAUAUGAAUGGGAUCGAGGUGAAACUUUCAAUGAAGUUCACCAGCAGAGAGUUCAGCUUAAAGCGAACGCCUUCACGCAAACACUCCGGAGUUUUUGGAAUCAAGAUCAACGUAGUAACCAAGCGCGAGCGCUCCAAGGUUCCCCUCAUCGUGAGGCAGUGCGUGGAGGAGAUUGAGCGCAGAGGGAUGGACGAGGUGGGGAUCUACAGAGUCUCCGGAGUCGCCACCGACAUCCUGGCCCUGAAGGCCGCCUUCGAUUCAAACAACCGAGACGUGUCCGUCAUAAUGAGGGAGAUGGACGUGAACGCCAUCGCCGGAACACUGAAGCUGUAUUUCCGCGAGCUCCCGGAGCCUCUUUUCACGGACGACUUGUACCCCAACUUUGCAGGAGGCAUCGCUCUCUCCGACUGCGUGGCCAAGGAGAGCUGCAUGCUCAACCUGCUGCUGUCUCUACCAGAGCCCAACCUGGUGACCUUCCUCUUCCUGUUGGACCACCUUAAAAGGGUGACUGAAAAUGAGAGCGUCAACAAGAUGUCUUUGCACAAUCUGGCCACAGUCUUCGGCCCCACUCUGCUGCGUCCCUCCGAAAAGGACAGCAAGAUCUCAAACAGCCCGCAGCCGAUCUCCAUGAACGACAGCUGGUCCCUGGAGGUCAUGGCUCAGGUGCAAGUCCUUCUCUACUUCCUCCAGCUGGAGGGCAUCCCGGCCCCCGACAGCAAACGUCAAAGCCUUCUCUUCUCUUCAGAAGUAUAACCGGGACAUCGGCCACUCGUCCGUAACGGAGCUCUUUGCCGCUCGAUGAGCCGGAGGCUGCCGAGCAGACGCGGCUGGCCGGUUUACUCUGAGGGUGCUUAUUAUUGUAGCCACUAGGUGGAACCAUCCACGCAUUGCGAGCUAGAAACCGCCACAGUGACCAAAGCCAUGAUUUUUGGGGUAGUGGUGACGGAGCCCGGGGGUUCUGUUUACUUACAAGCCUACAUGAUGUAUGCACAAAAUAUGUCAUUCCUUUUUUUCUAUUUAAUUCAAGUUUCAAGAGGCAUUCUUUACUGUACUACGGUGUUGUUUCCACUGUCCUGUCAACAUGCACAUUAGCUGCAUAUACACAGAAGGAGAUUUCUGCUGUAGUUGCAUAUUGUAAGAUUUAUUUCUGUAGAGGAAUGGGGCGGAUGAAAAAGGCCGAUUAUUUUUCAUGUCUACACAUGCGUUUUUGCUAGAAAUGUUCGACAUGUUUAAAGCCUCACCUCCGCCAAUGUUUCCCUGCUGAUGGCCAAUACAACAUUUCAGUUAACCAAAUGUUUACACACACAUACGCGCUCUUCAUUUUUUUUUUUUUUCACAGCAUUUAGUUUUGGGACUGAAAACAGCAACAUGCAGGCAUGUUGACCAAAGCAAUUAAAGUCGGUGGUAUCUGUGCUAUGCUAUUUGUAUUGUCUUUUUUUCAGAUCAUUUCUCUCCCUGUGGUUCCCAAACCAACUUUUGUGUGGAUAUAAGUGAUACUUUUUAUUUAGAAAGUGGUACAGAUGAGUUAAAGGAAAGUUAAUGCAGGAAAAGGCGAGGCCUGAUCUGUGAAAUGUACACUGAGCUGUGUAUCAUUUUAAUUUCAGUUUUUUGUCCAUAUUUCAUAUAAUUUGUGUUUUUUUUCUCAUUUGAUUCUUCAGUUUAUGUUUGUGUGUGCUUCCUGCAUUCCUCACCCAUACUGUUACCUAUAUUGGAAAAAACCACUGUAGAAAUGAGCUCAAAUACCAAAAGUCCCCUAGGUGGACUCUUGAAGCACAGCGACUCACUCAUAUCCACGUCUCCUGGCUUACUAAAAGGUCAAUCAUCCACAUACCUGGUAUUACUCUCUAAAAGUACACGGUGUACUUUCAUUUUUUUUCUCCAAAUCACUGAAAGUAUUGAAACACUUGGUAGCACAAAGUAUAACUUUAAAGGCUUGUGAUGUAAGUAAAAGCAAGCAUAACUGUUAGCGAUUCUUCGGACAAGACUGGUGGAUCUUGUAUGUGUGAUUUAUGUAAAUAAAAACUUGACAAUA